AUGAUCGCACCGGCUCGCCUGGUGCGUUCCAGCCUGGGCUUAUUAUCAAAUGAUGUUCGAUUCGGGGGUGGAGUAUCGUCGAAAAAAUAUUAUGGUGAAAUAACACCUCAGGGACGAGAAAAUCCAGUUACAGUGAUUGAAUUCAUCAACAGCGAGCAUUAUGUGGUUCAGGGACUUCGGUCAUUUACACUUUACGCAUUUUCCGUGGCAACCACAACUAGGUUUGGUAGCAGCAAACCGAUCACCUGUCAAGAAUAUACAGAACCGUGUACAGUCCCGCAGUCAUUAUCACUGGUGGCAGUGAGUAGUGAGACAGCGACGUUUGCUUGGAAGGCACCAAGGAAAAAUAACGGUCCUGAGAACAGUGCUACUGAAGCGGUGAGCACGAACCUUCCCGAUACUUUAAUGACACCGUUGAUGCUGCAGUUUUCGACAGAUUCGAGCUAUUUGAUUCUAUUCAGUCAAGAACCAGCACCUCAGUUUCAUUUCUGGCAGCGUUAUCGCUGUGGUAGCGCUAAACGAUUCACUAUAACAGAUCUUUCACCGAAUAUCAGGUACCUGCAUUAA